AUGGGGAGAGGAAGAGGGAAGACCACAGAGGAAGGGGAGGGGAAGAGGGAGGCCACAGAGAAGGGGGAGAGGAAGAGGGAGAGGCCACAGAUGAAGAGGGGAGGCCACAGAGGUAGGGGAGAGGAAAAGGGAGAAGCCACAGAGGAAGGGGAGAGGAAGAGGGGAGGCCACAGAGAAAGGGGAGAGGAAGAGGGAGAGGCCACAGAUGAAGAGGGGAGGGGAAGAGGGAAGGCCCCAGAGGAAGAAGGGAGGCCACGGGGGAAGGGGAGAGGAAGAGGGGAGGCCGCAGAGGAAGGGGUGGGGAGGCCACAGAGGGAGAGGAAGAGGGGAGGCCGCAGAGGAAGGGGAGAGAAGUGGGGAGGCCACAGGGGAAGGGGAGGGAGAAGUCGCCGAGGAAGAGAAAAAGUUCGAAAGGGAAAAUACAGCAAGCCUAAGACAAUCCCUAUUUGA